AUGGGUGUUGAAGGUCAUAUUUGGUAUACAUUUCUCGAUCAAUUUAUUGUUAAACGAACAUGGUCUAGUGUUUUAAAAAAAGUUAUUCUUGAUCAAACUAUCGGUGCACCUUUUUAUACACUAACAUAUAUUGUUGGAACUUCAGUUCUCGAAGGAAGAACAUCAGCACGAGAAUUAAUAAGUGAUGUUCAAACAAAUUUUCUUCCACUUUAUCUCGUCGAUUGUUUUAUAUUUUCACCGGUUCAAGUAAUAAAUUUUAAAUAUAUACCAGCAUUCUAUCGUGUUCCAUUUUUAUCUCUAACUGCAUUCAUUUUUGAUGCAUUUAUUAGUGCUUAUAAACACAAACAUGAAGGAGUACAUAUACAUGACACUUUGAAAUAG